AUGGGACAGGUGCUGGCUGAUGAGUCAGUAUCGAUUCGUAAAAUACUAAGAGAGAAUAAAGCAGAGGAGUGGACGGAAGUAUUGGAAGGGCACGGCGUGUACAGUGUAAGAGACCUGCGCGCAGUUAAGUAUGCGGACCUGGUGCAGUUUGGAAUAAGUGACUUUGAGCCAAGAAAAAGGAUCUUUGAGAUUAUCAAGCAGCUAAACACACAGUGUCCGUAUGGAGCAGAGAGGCGCGCAUCUCUCCACCAGAGAAUGCAGUCUCUUGCGCGGUCAAGCAUAGGGUUUCCUAGCAUGCAGGAGGAGGCGCCUCGCAGUAGCUAUGGUGUGGGUGCGCACAGCGCUACGUAUGGCCACAUUGUAGAGAGCCGCGUGCCUAUGCACAAGAACACAGGUGCUAUGAGGCUCUCUCCAAUAAAAAUGGAUGAAAAGCAGGGCCGCAACUCCUUGGGGCUCUAUGGCAGAGAAGACAAAAUACAAAGCACAUAUGAGGCAGGCAAUCUGAGCAGCGCAGGCGCAGUAGAUGAGCUCAGUAGUUCACACAGCUCGCAGGGGAUGAGCCCAGUGCAUUCAUACGCAGAGAGAAGAUCUUCGCUGGGCAUGGGAAAAGACCUGCAUAGAAGCACAGAGCACGUGUUCAUGGAAAGAACAGAAGGAUCUGUGCUGAAGGAGGGAUAUAGCCCAGGAGGCAUGUGGAAGCGAAAAAAAGACAUGGUGGAUGAGAUAAUGAGAGAGGCAGAGGAGAGUAUCAUCAUUGAGGACGAGGAGGAUCUGGAUAUGCAAGAGCCUGGACAUUUGUCUAUGAUAGACCAAGAAACAUCUGUAGAGUAUCCGUCUAUUAUCUCAGGAGAUGAACAGACCGGCUUAAUAAGCUGGGAGGGCUCAGAGAAAAGAGAGGAUUGUAAGGCAGCAGAAAACAGCAGAAUAAUGGUGAUUGUAAGGAAGCGGCCCAUGAAAAGAGAUGGAAAGAGAGACACAGUCACUAUUUCCGGGUCUGAGGUAAUUCUGACAGAAAGCAAGCAGAAAGUAGACCUAACUCCGUAUAUGGAGCCGCACACAUAUGCCUUUGACAGAGCAUACGGCGAGCGUAAUACAACAGAGGAUAUAUACCGAGAGUGUGUGCAGAGAAUGGUGCAGUAUGCUAUGGACGGAGGAAGUGCCACCUGCAUAGCGUAUGGGCAAACAGGAAGUGGAAAGACGUACACAAUGCUUAACGAGCAAACUGGAAUGAUCGCUCUUGCACUGAGGGAUCUGCUGAAAAGUAGGAUAAAACUAUCAUUCUACGAGAUAUAUUCUAAUUGUAUAUAUGACCUGCUGGAUGAGAGAAAAAAGAUCUUUGCGCGAGAAAAGGAUGGAGUUGUUUCAAUCAUUGGGGUAAAGGAGUUGAGUGUUGACAGUUUGCAGGAUGCAGUUGCGCUGCUAAAGCAAGGGCUGCAGUGCAGAAUGACAGGAAAGACCGGAGCGAACAGCAACUCGUCUCGAUCGCAUGCUCUUGUUCGUGUGCGCACUGAAGGCGGAAUAUUCACAUUUGUAGACCUGGCAGGCAGCGAAAGGGGGACAGAGCGAGGCUUAGAAAGCCAGCAGUCUCUAAUAAAGCGCGAGGGUGCGGAGAUCAACAAAAGUCUGCUUGCUCUGAAGGAGUGCAUUCGGGCAAUGGACAAGUCAGCCACACACCUUCCGUUCAGACACAGCAAACUCACACAGGUGCUGAAGGAGUCACUUAUUGGUGAGUCUAAGUGCUGCAUAAUUGCCACUAUAUCUCCGGAAGAGGCCUCAACAGAGCACUCAUUGAACACGCUCAGGUAUGCAUAUAGAAUAAGAGGCCUGGGACUAAAGGGGGACAAUGCGCCGCAGCCACGUGCAGCCACACCAGUGAAAAGAACAACAACCACAACUGCGCCAAAUACAAAAAGCACACAGCAGCCAAUGACUGUUCUUACAGGGCAGUAUGCAGCGGUGCCUUCAACGCCUGUGCGAGAAAAGGACAGAGGAAAAGUUCGAACUCCGCAAAGGUCGCCUGCAACACAGAAAGUUCUUGUGCAGCAGGCAUUGGCGACAGUGGCAAGCAGAAUAGCCAGAGAAAGAGAUCCAGAGACUCUGGAGAUUCUAAAAGAAGCCUUGCUUGAAAUUGCAAAUUAUCAGAGAAUAUCCUAA